AUGGUCUACACAAUCGUCGUCCACCUUCAAUCAAAGCCUGACACCGUCGAAGAGGUCAAGGCGAAGCUGAUCGAAGCUGCUGAAGUGUACCGGAAAGACAGAGAAACGCUUGACUGGCACGUCAUGCAGGACCCAAAGGACGCUACCAAGUUCUGCAUUGUGGAGCGGUAUGAGCAAGAGUCUAGCCAGCAGUAUCACCUGAAUAACCCGUACUGGAAGACCUUUGACCCGUAUGUCAAGCCGAGGCUGGCAAAGGAGAUGGAGCUGUCUCGAUGGGAGGAGAUGUAG